AUGGCCGACAGUGCGGAACGGAACUCUGAUUUCUGCUCUAGUUUAUGUAACUUGACAAAUAACGAUGACAUUGAAGCAGUUUUAAAGGGACAAAGGGGAAUGCUGGCAAGAAUUGAAAAAACGAACCACAUGAUACUUAACUGUAACAAUAUAUCAGAACAACAAUUAGAAAUGAUGACGUCAAGAUAUCGUAGACAUACAAACGUUCUUAAAGAUAUGAAAAAAGAUUUGCAAUCUGUUCACGCUAGGAUAAGGCGUUUAAAACGAAUCCUUGAGCUUAAGAAUCCAGAUUCAUGGACAAUAAUAGAGGAAGAAGCAAAUAAAAAGAUUGUUUUGAAAGAAAUGGAAAAAGACUCCCCAGACUUAAUGGACUUUAACAAUGUUUCGAUAAAUGACGGCAAUCCUGAAGGAAAAACGUGA